UUAAUAAAUACAGCAGCUUAUCAUUCUCACUUUCUUAUCACACCACACCACACCUGAUCCUGCAACAAGAAUCUUCCCUACAAGCAGAAAGAAAGAAAAGAUGUUGGCAUUAAGCCCUCCUGUGUUUUCAACAACCUAUGGAUGGCCCUUGGAGGAUCUCAUCACCCCAAAUCUUCAUCAACAGGAUUGCAAUGAAGCAAAUUCAUAUUAUAAUUCCCUUACUCAUUUUCCUACAUAUGACCAAAUGAAGAAUGAUUUUCCACCAGAAUCCGUUUCGUUAAAUAACGGUGGCGCCGGAGAUCAUGCUAUGAUGGUUGUAAAAAAGCUCGAUCAUAAUGCAAGUGAAAGAGAUCGUCGUAAGAAGGUUAACGACUUGUAUGCAUUUCUUCGUUCACUGCUACCCGUGUCAAGUGAUCACAAGAAAAAAGUAAGUAUUCCGGGGACAGUAUCGCGAGCACUGAAAUACAUACCCGAACUACAAAAGGAGGUGGAGACAUUAAAAAGCAAGAAGAAAAGAUUGUCGUCUUCAUCAUCAACUGAUAAGACAAGCAAAGAUUAUCAUGUCAUCAAAAGUUCUAAAGAUGCUAUGGUAGUUUCUUCUGUGAACGCUUUAAGUGACAAAGAAGCUGUCAUCCAGCUGAUUUCCUCAGCUGAUCACAUGAGCAAGAACAAGGAGAUUGGCUUCUUGUCUAAGGUUUUGGAGUACUUAGAGCAGGAAGAAGAUGGGAUCGUUUUGCUAAAUGCAACGACCUUCAAAUGUUCGGGAGAAGGAAUGUUAUUAAACACUCUGCAUGUUCAGGUUCAAGGGGAUUACAGAAUAGAGGCUGAAAAGUUGAAGGAGAAGCUGUGUGUUUUCCACCAAUGAUCAGACGAACUUUUACCCAACUGUCAUUGGCUAUAGAGAUAAUGUCUACCAAUUGGCGGACUACAGUCUCUAACGUACUUAGCAGUCUAUAUAUACAUCUCCAUGAGUGUAACAUAUGUCCAUCUGUAGACACCAGUAUGCAAUGGGUAACGAUAGCAGGAAAUUCCCUAUCAUUCUCUUUGUCCUUUGCAUUGUUAUGUAAACACCAUAUCUGUAUUUAGUAUUUCAGAUCCGUGGUUGAUUGAAUUAGAGAUAAGUGCAAUUG